AUGCAAGAAGAGAGCGUAACUGUAAAGCUGUUCAAUAAUAACAUCAAUCAACAGAACAAUGCAUUAUUGAAUAUUUCUCCAGGUCAUCGUCACGGUACGGAGAUGAGUGACAAGGAGUUUCAGAAAAUGAUAAUGGAUCUGAGGAAAGAACGAAUGAUGCUAGAGAAGAAGAACGCUUUUCAUGAAGAAGAAGAUGUUUUGCACGACUCGGCGUCAAGCACUGGUGAACCACUAUUAACCGAAGCGAAUAACUAUGAAACACAGGCACUAAACGUUCUUCAAAAUUAUAUACUUAAAGAAUUUGAAAACGUCAAAGGUAAGCUGACGAAGGAGGUCCAAGAAUUGGAUAAAUGGGCAAAAAACUCUUUGAUUGAUGAGUCGGGAAAUGGUAUUGAUACGGAAGACCAAAUGAUUCAAGAGGAUGGUUUUUCUCUCAAGUCAGUCUUUUUAGAACAAUACCGAGUUGACAAAAUAUUUCUUGAUAGACUUUCCACGAUAUACAACAAUUUCAAUAAGGAGUAUUUUUCGUUUAGCAAAGCUUCCACUCUGCUCGAACUUCAUAAUUCAACAACCGAAGUAAUUUCAGAGUACCAGAGAAUGUCACAAAAGUUUUCGAAAGCCAUAUCCGAGUCACAAAAUCGAUUGCCCUCUAUUGACGUGACAGAUGCCACUCCAACGACAUUUUCCAACAAGGACUUUUACCAUGACGUUUCAAGCGACGAUGACGAUAGCGAUGACGAGAGUGAAGUGGAACGAGUGGAUGGCACUCUUCUUACAGAUCAUAUUUUAGCAAAUUAUCGAGAAGAUGACGAUGCUUCACCAUCUUAUUCUAUUACCACUAGCUCAACAGUUAUUACGGGACCUUUUAGCCCUCUAAUCACACCUAACACCAACAGACACCCAACUACUGCUAUUUUUCCACACAAAGAUUCGUCGAUUUCAAAUGAUACCAAUGCUGAGACAGAAGAUGCCAGCAUACUCGAUUCCAGCAAUUCUAACAAUGUAAAUAAUAAUAACCAUGAAUCUAUGAAUAGCACUCGUUCUGUGGAAACGGUGUGCCAUCAACACAUGUUACCAAACGAAACGCUUGAUACUCCAGUUUCUUUGACGCCCAUGAAUAACGAUACAGUAGUAAUAGAAUUAUUACACAUCAUUAUUGACCAAAGCAUGGAAAUAUCAAACUCGUUUAACCACACGUACGCGAAAAACUUUUACAAACAUGCUGAUCUUAAUAAAUAA